AUGGCGCUCCAGGCUGAGAGCCUGUCAAUCAAUCCGGCGUGGACCGGGGGGCGGGAGCAAGACCCUAAGAGCCUUUUGAUAGGUCGAUUCAGCUGUCACUCGGCGGUAACGCGCUGCUCCCAUUGGCUGUCGCUGCCCCUCGGCGGCGGAAGCGGAAGUUCUGGCGCGGCGGCGGCGGGAGGGAUGAAAGCGGUCCCGGCGCGGCGGCAGCUUCGGCGGCUCCCGGUGCUGCUGUUGUUGUUUCUGCCGUCCCUGCCCUUUGCAGCUGCAGGCGCCAAGGACCCGGUGAUCCAGCUCCGGGACGGCCACGAGUCCCAGUACAAGGAGUCCCAGCGCUUCUGCUACACCAACACCGGCGUCCCGCAAUGGCACGACAUCUGGACGAGGACACAGAUCCGCAUCAUCAGCAGCCGCAUGAUCCGGGUGACCCAGGUGGACAGCGAGGAGGAGCUGGAGAGGUUCAGCGUGUGGAACGUGCUGUUCUCCUUCCUGCGGGGCAAGCUCAACGACACCAGCAUCGACGUGGACCUCUACAGCAAGAAAACCUGCGUCCAGGUGGAGCUGCUGGAGCCCGGCACCACCUACUCCGUCUCCCUCUUCCGACGCUUUGAUCCUAAGCUGUUCCUGGUUUUCUUCCUGGGCCUGCUGUUGUUCUUCUGCGGGGACAUGCUGAGCAGGAGUCAGCUCUUCUACUACUCGGCCGGGAUCAGCUUUGGCCUCUUGGCCUCGCUGCUCGUCCUCGUCUAUGUGAUGUCCAAGGUCAUGCCCAAGAAAAGCCCUGUGUACUUCCUGCUGGUGGGAGGCUGGUCCUUCUCCCUCUACCUGCUGCAGCUGGUCUUCAAGAACCUGCGGGAGAUCUGCAAGUCCUACUGGCAGUACCUGCUAGGUUACCUGCUGCUCGUGGGCUUCCUGAGCUUCGGCGUCUGCUACAGGUACGGCCCGCUGGAGAACGAGCGCAGCAUCAACCUGCUGUCCUGGGCCCUGCAGCUGCUGGGGCUCCUGCUGAUGUACUCGGGCAUCCAGAUCCACCCCAUCGCCCUGGCCCUGGUGCUGGUCGCUGUCUGCACCAAGAACCUGGACUACCCCUUGCAGUGGGCCUUCGCUGCCUAUCGGAGAAUGCAGAGCUCCAGGCUGGGCCCGAGCCCCCCUCGGCUGCUGACAGAGGAGGAAUAUCGGCUGCAGGGCGAGGUGGAGACACACAGGGCCCUCGAGGAGCUGCGCAGCUUCUGCCAGAGCCCCAACUUCUCCGCCUGGACCGCCGUGUCCCGCAUCCAGUCUCCCAAAAGGUUUGCUGAGUUUGUGAGUGGUGCCUCUCACGUCACCCCCACCGAGGUGUCUGUGCACGAGCGGGAGUUCGGCCUGGAGAGCCUCUUCAUCAACGAGCAGCUCUUCGAGGAGGAGGACGAGGAGGACGAGGAGGAGAUGGGCAACAGUGACUCCUUUGCUGGGAAUCACAGGAGUUCUUCCCUGCCCCACAACCACCUGGAUGGCCACUGAGGCUCCUGUGCAGGUGCCACGAGAGGAACUUUGUCCCUGUCCUGUGGGUACCUGCGUGCUCAGCACCUGCCUGGAGCCGGGGAGGGAGCUGCUGCUCCUCCUCCUCCCUUACCAAAGAUGUCAGAGGGCUCCAGCUGGUCGGGCCACACCUCUACCUUGGCCUCAAUCCACGUGUGGAUACCAAAAACGCCGGUGCCUCCCUGGCGGAGCUGCAGAGCUCAGAGAAGGCAGCUCGAGGUCCAGUGGCUGCUCCCAGCUGUAAUGUUGGGGUGGGGGCUGUGUUCGGCCCCCUGUCCCCACCCCAGAGCUCAGGAUGAGUGUGGAUGUGCUUCCUCCCUGCCUCUCUGCCCUUCACCUGCUGUUACUGCUCUUCCAAGGGUCAGGGGCUGGGGGUGACCCUGCUGGGGGGUGACCCUGCUGGUGUUUCCUGCUCCAGGUGCUGCCUGGGGGGCUCUGCCAAAGCACAGAGCUGGAGGGAACGCCAUAAUCUAUGCAACUUGCUAAGCAAUAAUGCUCCCCUCACCCCCCUGGCACCACCCCAGCUGCCCUGGGGACCCCCAGCCCAGCCCCUACCUCACCCACACCGCUGCAGGAGCUUCUGCCGUGUGUUUGUCCCCGUCCCAGGUUUGCUCCCUGGCCCUCUCUGUGCUUUCCUGCCUGUUCAGGUGUGAGCAGCCGCUGUUACAGCCUCCCCCCACCCUCAGCGCGGUGAAUGACUGAUUAUAUUUUUAAUAAAUAUGUAUUUUUUAGGUCA